GUUUUAAUGAUGGCAUCAAAAGAAUAAUAAAAAGAGUUAGUAAAUCAUCAAAAACACAACAAAAUACUACUAAAAAUAUUCCAAAAAACGACGGCGCCAAAAGAACGACAGCACCGAACUCACCAACGAAGACGUUAUCUAAAAUGCAACAAGAGAAGCGACGACACCGAAAGCGAUACCAAAGGAAGAACGACAUGACACAAAAACAACAAAAGCCUAUACUAAAGAAAAAACGACAUCGAAAAGGAAGACUCACUACAAAAUUCCACACCGAAGCGACUAAAUCCCACAAAAAAGAAAGACUCACGACGAAAUUCUAUACCGAAAGAAAGUCGUGA